AUGGGGUGCAGCCAGUCCAAAUCCAUCGACGUUGAAAUUCCAGUCGCUACUGUCAGUGUGAAGACUACAGAGUCAAAAGCUGUAGUCAAUGAAGAACCCAAAGUUUCUGAGAAUCAACUGAAAAUGGAGGAAGAAGAUCAUCUGGAUGAAGCACCAAAAACGCUUGAGCCUGUCUCACUUGGAAGAAACAAAAUGACGCCUGCUACAAAGGAACAGACACCCAAUUCGUCCGCUGUCGACGUUCCCGAUAGUGUACGCGCCAACUUUUCAUCAUUCAGUAUUUCAUUUAUUGAUCCGACGGUGAGUGCACCAACAAGUGUCUCGACAGAGCCCAAUGUGGCGUCCAUGAGGGUGGCAGUGAUCUCUGAAACGGAGUCGAUAUUUGACACUCAAUCUGCAUCAAUGGAAGUGAAGAACGUCGAAUCAAAAGAGAAUGUGGAAAAGUCUAGUGUUGAUGAAAUUGCUGUCGACAGUGUCAUUUUUGAGCCGAUUGUUGAAAAGGAUGUCGAGGUAGAAAUGGAUGUGGAGAAGACUGUUGAACUUAAUGUUGAAAAGAUUGAUGAGUCGGAGGUGAAGGAGAAUUUCACCGAGAAAGUCGAAGAGACUGACGCUGUUGAAGAAAAGAUUGCAAACGAAAUUGUUGAAAGUAUAUGCGAGAAUGAAUCCAUGAAGACUGAAGAUGUUAAUAUCCCACCUAUCGUUGUGGAGGAUGAAUCAGCUUUGAAGGUGAAUGAGGUUGUCGACGCGAUUAAAGAGGAAACAGCGACGAGCGAGCCAUGCAAUUAUAUCUUAAAAGCUGAGGAUUCCGAUCUGGUGACAACUGAGGUGGCUGAGAAGCCAGCGCCAAAUAAUGGCGAGGAUGUCACGAUGGUGAAGGCUUCUGCUGCAUUGGAUUUCGUUGAAGACGUUGGAGAGGAGGCGGCGGUCGACGUAGAGACUGAUUCCAUUCCUACUGACAUUAUCGCAGUAGAAGAAAAUGCUGUUACGAUCGAAGAGAGUGCGGAGAAUGCUAAUUCUUUUGUGAACGAGGCUGUUGAGCAAUCAGCUGAAAAAGAGAUUGUUGAACAAAUCAUUGCGGCGAUUGUGAAAGAGCAGGUCGACGCGGCUAUUUUGAAGGCAACAGAACAACAUCUUAACGUGAAGACUGUUGUGGCCGUGGAAAAGACUGAGCUCAAAGUGGAACAGGCAGAGAAGGAGGCAAUUGUUGACGAUAAAAGUGAGCAGGUCGGGAGUGCAGAGAAUAAAGACUUAGCCGAACUCACACUUGUUGAGCAGAAGGAUUCGGACAUCGAUGAAGAAAUCACUGAGUCGAUUGCAGAAUCUUUGAAGGAGGCUAUUUCCACUGACAACCAUACCGAAGUGGCAACGGUGUCGACUUCUACGGAAGAAAACGAAUCUGAUUGUAGCACAUUGUCGGGAGACGAGGCUGAGAUAAAGCAACGUCACGAUGCUGAAGUAUCUACGAUUCUAAGCGUUGUAAAUACAAAGAAAUCGAUGGAGCGGGAGGAAAAGGAGAUUGCGGCUAGUAUCACACCAACGACGUCGAACGAAAUCUGA